GUCGUUACAGGCGCAAUGCGGUUGUCGGGAUGUAAGGAGGAAUGGCGACGGUCGAGACGUUUUUUGGAGGCCAGAGUCGAGCUGGAUUUGACCAAACAGAAGCGGAUCACAGGUUUGAAUCCCGUCACUUCCAGCUGAACUCUCAGUGAUAGCGUCCCAGAAUGGAGCCUGAGGUGACGGCGUCGUCCUCGUCGACGCUGGUCUCGUCCUCCGCUCCGCAGACCUCGACCACUCAGGCCAACCUGGCAGCAAAACAGCGAGACAGCAGGAAGACCACAUCCACCACUCCCGCCUUUCUCUCCAACCUGGGGAGGGCCACCCUGCGGGGCAUCCGCAAGUGUCCUCAGUGUGGCGUCUACAACGGCACCCGUGGGCUCAGCUGCAAGAACAAGGCCUGUGGGGUGUCCCUCAGAAACGCCUCCGCGGGGGCCAGAAACGGCAAGAAGUGUGCAGUGGAGGUGGUGAAAGUGAUAAUAGACAGUGAGGAGAGAGGCGGGAAAGAGCGCGAGGGGGGAGGAGUCCUGGGCGGCGGCUCGGGCGGAGGAGUCCAGGUGUUUUCAGUGUGUCACAGAGGAAGAGGAGCCACGUCUACACAGCUGGGUUUCGUUGAGCUGGUCCCCACUGACACCGCCAUAGCAACAGGUGACGGCGCCACCCUGCUAACCCGCAUCAACCUGGGCCGCUGCUUUUUGCCUUCCUGCAGGCAGGGUCAAAGGUCAAAUCAGGGUGAGGCAGAAUCGGCGACGGCCAAUUCCAAACAGUCCUCCGACAGCCUCUGCAUCCACAUCAAGCAGGCCAUCGAGUGUCAGAGCCGCGCCACGCCGCUGACCUUAAAGAGCUCCGUCCUGGAGGGGCUGCAGGCCUCCAUCCAGGCCAGGGAGGAGCUGUGGAGGCUGGCCACCGAGUCUCCAGGACCCCUGGUGCAGCGCGUUUCAAAAGACACCCUGGUGGUGAAGUGCCACACGGACUCCCAUCAUCCUCUGGGCCUGCUGCAUCUCACUGUGGGUGCAGGUGGACUGUCUGAGGCCUCGAAGAGUGAGAGGAGGGGUAGAGAGACGCAGCAGCAGGGCGUUUUCCACUGCGCCUGUCAGGUCGGCAGCAGCGGCAGAAGAAAUAAACCAGGUGCUGACGGAGGAGGCGGAGCCACCGGCUCUCAUCCUCCUGCCGGCUCGGCCACGCCGCAACCCUGCCUUCACUUCUACGCCUGUGUGUGUGCCUUUGCCAGCGAUGAGAAACUGGCUUCAGAGUUUGCUGCUUUCAUCAACUACACCCCCAGUGGUGUGCAGCAGAGUGUUUCCAGUAGAGUAACUGGUCCCAGUGAGAAACCUCUGCAUCAGGCCGAACCAGUCAACUCCCAUCACAAAGUGAAGAAACUUCGCCUGGAUGAGUCUCUCUCUGUGGCCUCUGCCUCUGGGGUGGGGAAAGAGGGAGUGUCGGCCUCCGGCCUGAGGAGAGCUGGUCAGAGGAGAACCCCUGGUGCCGGGGGGCCGAAGGCUCCAGGGAACACGCAGGCUGUGGACGAGCGCACUGUCACGCUGGGUUUCCAUCAGUGGCUCGCCAGUGUCACGGAGAGGAUCCACCAGACGAUGCACUACCAGUUUGACGGGAAACCGCAGCCUCUGGUCUACCACAUUCCCCAGGAGUUCUUCAACGCGCUGCAGCACCGCCUGUCGCUCGGAUCCAAGAAGAGGAGGCUGCCGAACUUCACAACCGCGUUUGUGAGAAACGACGGACUUCCUCUCGGCUCGUUCUCCAAGUACACCUGGCACAUCACCAACCUCACGCAGGUCAAACGCAUCUUCGACACUCCAGAGUUGCCUCUGGAGGUCUCUCAGAGUUUUGUAAAAAACGUCGACGGCUCGUAUUCACGUUUCCGCUGCCCGGAGCCGCCGCCUGAACCCGAGCUCCCAGACGGAUACAGGACAGAUCGGCCGCAGGCCAUACGACCCAUGGAGCUCCGCACCUUCCUCAAAGUCGGACCGGGCACGGCCGACCAGAAGGAGGCCAGUCCGUUUGUGAUCGAGUGGAUCCCGGACGUUCUCCCCCGCUGUCAGAUGGGAGAGCUCAGGAUCGGCUUCGAGUUCGGCCACCAGCAGAGCGGUCAGCCGGAGCACUGUGACAAAACGAGCGCGGCGGAGAAAGGGGGUCGGAACAAGCCGGACUCCACCCAAUCCAAACACACGAAGGCUGUUGAAAUCCUUCAGUGGAAGUACUAAAUGUGACCAGCAGGUGGAGGCAUGCACCUGCCUUCACCAACAGGGGACCGGCCUAACAAAGCUUUUCCAGCAAACACAAGUGGAGGAAGUGGAAUAUCUGAAAAGACUAUUGAAACUGCCUUACUUUGAGGAAAUCAGUGUAACCGGUGUGUCGCUGCGCUCUGCUUCUGUGUCACAAAAUGUUCUAAUAUGGAGGAAAAUGAGGUGUAUAACUGCAUUUCAUAAUUUGGCUGGAUCUGUCUUCCUGCCUUCUGGGCAUCACAAAGCAGGAAUUACACACUCGCUGUGAGAUGUAUCGCUGGAAACAUCACACACGCUUCCCAAAUGUGUCCAAAUGUUCAUGAAUUAAUUAAGAUUACAAGUUAAUGCCGUGAGAACAUCACGCCAAUUUAUACGCACUGCUCAGAAUAGCAGCUUGCACACUGUGUAUCUACAUCAGGGGUGUAGGCGUAUGAAAACAGUGCCAGCCCCCGGCCCUCGUUCCUCCCUCACAGGCCCCCAGGACAUCAGUGUGAGUACAGCCUCUGCCUGCACAGGGGGGCCCCGGCUGCCAGACAGCUCUGAGCCACACAUUUAGCUGUUUGUGUAGCCUGUCAGUCACAGCGAGGGGAGACGCAUCAAUCCUGCUCCUGGAACGAACAGCAAGCACAUUUUGACAGGGAGACUUCCUCUGUCGCCGGAGAGAUGUGUUAUAGACGGAGACAGCAAAGGCCUGAGAGGGGAGGGAGGGGGUAGAGAGAAAGAGAGAGGAAAGUGGUACAAAAGUUAUUAAAGGGUGACCCUGUCUCCUGCAACACAAAGAAAACAAUCUGUAGCUGGAUUAUAUUCAGGCAACUCACUUUCUGAAUAAAUGAAUGAAUGAAGCACUACAUUUAUUAACAAAGCUCACCACUGUCACACCAGAGACCAGGUUUCACAUCAACAUUAAAUUCAUAGACUUCAUUUCUCCCAUUGACUCGUCCCAUAGUUUUUACUCCGACAGUGGAGGUUAAAUAAAAGUUGACUGAGCAACACAGCUAAUAAUUAAGCUACGAUAUUCUUCCGUUUAGGACUCAGCACAGAAGACGAGUUCCUCAAUAGCAUUCAUUGAUUUUAUUUCAUUUAUUUGUUUAUUUGAUAGGGACAACACAAAAAAAUAUAAAAUAAAAAUAAAAGACAAAUUUUGCUGCUGACUGGGUGAAAGAUGAUCACAGAACUGGUUUGAUUUAAUGUUUGAGAUGAAUCUUAAAGGUGGGAGAUGUAGGACAGUCCCUUGGUGUAAGUAGCCAUAUACUGACAGACUAUAUAAAAAUGGACCUCGACUCCGGGUCUGGAAAAUGAAGCCAAUGCGGAAGUGCCUUGAACUUGCUUUCUAUCCAAUGACCAUCAUGGCGACUCCACUGGUUGCAAAAAGAAGUCUGAUUGUAUUGAAGUCUGUGGGGAAAUGACGCUACUUGUCACUUACCUCAGUAAACGUUUUCGUUAUGUGUUUAUGAUCUGAAUCACUAGUUAUACAGCAAUACAACAUGAUGUUCAUUUUUCAAAUUAUGGUCCUAUUUAAAAGAAAAUAGACGUUGAAGAAGCGUGGGCGUGGCUACUGCGUCAUAGACACAAAGGGGGACCUGCCUGUUAAUCCGGAUAUGACGUCAGCGAUGUGUCGGACAUUUGACUUGUUAUUGUGUUUUCAGUUCAUCAAAGUUAGCUCUAACAUGUUGUCUGCCUGAAAAUGUCUUGUUCUGUGUUCAGUUGUUCUAAAAGACACUCAGAGGAGUCGGCAGUUCAAUUUCUUCCGGUAAGUACAUUUUGUUUUAAGCCUAUUUUUUGCUAGCCAAGAUUAGCAUCCCUGUUAAUAUCACAGUUCAGGUGAAGAUGCACCUUGCUAACCAAGCUAGCCAGCUAAUGCUAGCAUUAGAUGAUAACGUAGCGAUUGCUAUGCUAACGGUACUGUGUGCCGCUGGGCAGGUAACCUGUGUCAACCUGGGUUAGUCCGUGUAGGUGUUCAGUCAAAACCCAAUAAAAAGGUGAAUUUAAUCGACGUUAAGCUAACGACGUUUGGUUUGUUGUGUCUCGCACAUGUGACCCAGUUUAAGUGAUCUGCAUUGGUGUAAUGUGCAGCAUUAAUGUUAGUUAAUACAUUUAAAGAUUAAAUUAAGUACAAUACAAGUUAAGAUAACGUGACGUAUACAAAAUGUAGACAAAUAUUCAAAUAGUCAUAUAGAAGAUUAACUGUUUCCAUUCAUCUGGUUGUGGAGAAGGACUGCAUGGACAUCCUUAGUUCUCUAAUGUGCUGUGAUGAUGAUGAUGCUAGAAAACCUCCCAGUUCAUCUUCCUCUGAUGAAAUGACAGACUAACUGCUGAUGAGUUUGUUUAUUAUUCUCUCUUCAGUAUUCACAGGUUCAGUUUCUUACCUGCAACUUCAUUUCUGCUGUUGUUGACGGGUGAUGGUAGCAACACUUUUAAGAACAGAAUUUAUAAAUAUUAAACUGUGAUUAAGUGAUGGAUCAUCUUUAGCACUGCCACCACCUCCACAGGUGAAAGUAUUUACCAAUUAACAUCAGCAUGUUUUUUGAUCCUUCAUUGUCAGUGUUGUCGGACAACAUUUAAACAUUUAUGUUGAUUAAAGCUAACGUAGAAAUAGUCACACAAGACUGUACGUGUUACUAUUGUGAAAAUUCAUACCAGAUGUGUUCUAUAAAAACCAUCAACAAAUUUAAAGCAAGAGCUUCAUAAAUAACUUUAUUAGACAUUAUAAACUACAUUAAUUUAAACAAUUUACAACA